AUCCACCUGGACAUCGAUGCGGCUCGUAAGCGAUUCAAGGACCGAACUCUGAACACACGCAAUAUAGAUUUCUCCGAUUCUAUUGCUAAAAGGCGAGGAAAAUCGUAUGGAAGCUCGAUGUAUGUGCUCGAGGUUGUGGGUAAAGAAUAUGGUGAGCCCGAAACUACUGAUCAAAAGUACAACAGAAUAGCUAUUGAAAUAGAUGAACUAGCGCAACAGCUACAGGAGGACUCAGCUAAAUCUAAUUCUACUGUUAACGAGUCUUCAAUCGCAGCCCUAGCAGAUGAGUUGAAGGCUGUGAAAGUUUCGAAGGUCUCUGGUGGUGUACGAACAUCCAAAGAAAAUGAAGCUCCAACAAAGACGAGCACCUCACCAGACGGCAAGCUUCUUUCCUUGGAGCAACGCCUACGUAGAAUUGAGACAUUAGUGGGAGAAGCGGAUCCGUGUCGGCAACCAAUUGCUGAUUUUAUGGAAGACGUGAGGUUCCGACUUGAUGUACUCAAUCCAUCAUACAUAGAGGGAAUGGAAACAAAGCUUAAUUCAAUCAUUUCAAAGUUAGAUCAAGUUGAUGAUAAGCGACAGAAGUCCGUUGAUGGUGAGAUGGAAACGAAAGUGAACGAUCUAUUAGAACUGAUGAGCAAAUGGGAUGUCGUAUGUGCUGCAAUGCCUAGUAAUUUGAAGAAGCUUCAAGGACUCCAUCGGCUCCACGAACAAGCACAACAUUUCUCCGAGAGGCUUUCUCAAUUGGUUGGAGUGCGAGAUCAGAUUGAGAAAGCAAUUGCAGCUGAUAGAAUGGCUAUGUGUGAACUUCAGGUAAAGGCGAAAGAGGAUAUAUCAGCACUACUUGGUCAAGUUACCAAUCUCGAGGAACGACUGAAGAAGAUCGAAAAGAAAUAA